AAGUGUGACAGACCAAUACCAAACAGCUGUUAGUUUCCGCUGUUGUGCGACAAUUUUUUUUUUUAAUAUAUUUCAUAAUAAUUUUGAUUGAACAUUUAGUUCGCUAAAUUAGCUUUAAGCUGUAUUAAAUAAUUAUGCAAACAACACGCAAUUUGUGCCAUCUGACCCGCUUCAUGCUAAGGCGCACAGUUGCAACAACUACUAAUGAAACAACGGGCUCUGCUGGCGGCAGCGCCGGCGGCACAGAGCAGACAACACAUUUUGGCUACCAGACGGUCAAGGAGAGCGAGAAGGAGCGCAAGGUACACGAGGUGUUUCAGCAGGUGGCCCAGUCUUACGAUCUGAUGAACGAUGCCAUGUCCAUGGGCAUACAUCGUGUGUGGAAGGAUAUUUUCGUUGAGCGCCUGGGACCAGAGCAUGGUAUGCGUUUGCUGGACAUGGCCGGUGGCACAGGCGACAUCAGCUUUCGUUACCUGAAAUAUUUGGCCAAUAAGCCAAAUCCCAAGCAACGGGAAAGUCAUGUAACGGUCUCCGAUAUCAAUCAGCAUAUGUUGAAUGUGGGCGAAGAGCGUGCCCGUCAGCUGGGACUGACCGUUAAGCAGCUGCCCAAUGCCAGCAUUGAUUGGCAGUGUGCCGAUGCCGAGAAGUUGCCAUUCAAGAGCGAUACCUAUACUGCCUACACAAUUGCCUUUGGCAUACGCAACUGCACGCACGUGGACAAGGUGCUCAGCGAGGCUUAUCGUGUGCUGCAGCCUGGCGGACGUUUCAUGUGCCUGGAAUUUAGCCACUUGACCAAUGAGACAAUGCAAUGGCUAUACGAUCAAUACUCUUUCCAAGUGAUACCGCCCAUGGGUCAACUGUUGGCUGGGCAAUGGCACGCGUAUCAAUACCUAGUGGAGAGCAUAAGACGCUUUCCACGCCAGGAUCAAUUCAAGAGCAUGAUCGAACAGGCUGGCUUCUCGCAUGUAUCCUACGAGAAUCUAACCUUCGGUGUCGUUAGCAUACACUCGGGCUUUAAGCUAUAGAAAACUGUUGCGGAAUCGCGGAACGUUCAGGCAUGCCAAACACGUUUUCCACGCGUUUAUUUUAUGAUUUCCUUAAAUAAUAAUACAAAAAUUGUAUAAACCUUGUUAACAUAUUAAAAGUACAAAUUUAUUGUACGCUCGUCCAGCUUGGGAAAGACCUUGACUAGGUUUUUCCAUUUUAGUUGAGCGUGUUUCGUUUCAAAUCGUUGAUUUUCCAAAAAGUGAAAAUGUAAAUUGUAAUUGAAAGUUCAUUUCAGAUUCGAUAAGUGUGUGUGCGUGUGUGUGUGUGUGAUAUAAUGUCAAUUGCCACGCCUUCAUUAUGAGCUGAGCUCGAUCAAAUUUAGUGCAAGUGAAAUUUAUGCGUGUGAAUGUUGAAUUUUAACUAAAGCUAAGCGAAAUACAAUAAAAUCAA